AUGUACGACAAGGCAGACAACGCCUCCCUCCUCAAGGAUGCGGAUGCCUGCCUGCUAAAGUAUGGCUCUGAAUUCCUGCCCGAGGUGGUUACGCGAACGGAAAACAUAUAUUUCUGGACAGCGUCCGGUAAAAGGGUGCUGGACUGGACAUCCGGGCAAAUGUCCUGUCUGAUCGGACAUGGCCAUCCCGAAAUCGUCGAAACAAUCACCAAACAUGCCACCGGGCUUGACCAUGUGUAUAGCAGCAUGGUAUCUCCGCCUGUGAUCGAAUUGGGGAAACAGUUGACAAGCGCCUUGCCAGCUGGGUUGGAUAAGGCUAUAUUUCUAAGCACUGGAAGCGAGAGCAACGAGUGCGCUAUCAAGUUGGCGAAGGUGGUAACCGGGAAGUUUGAGAUUGUGGGAUUAGCCGCAAGUUGGCAUGGUAUGACAUUUGGUUCGAAUGGUGCUCAAUAUUGGAAUGGUCGAGCUGGUUAUGGGCCAACGAUGCCAGGGAAUCUCAUGUUGCCCGCACCAGAUGACUAUCGUUCCAUAUUCCGUUUUCCAGACGGCUCAUAUGAUUGGAAAACGGAGUUGGAUUACGGCUGGUCACUAGUUGAUAAGCAAUCCUGCGGAUCCCUGGCUGCCGUGAUCAUGGAACCGAUUCUCUCCUCUGGAGGUAUGAUGACAUUGCCAGAAGGCUAUAUGAAAGCCAUGAAAGCGCAUUGUGAGGCGCGAAAAAUGCUUCUGAUUAUCGAUGAAGCGCAAACCGGCAUGGGACGCUGUGGGGAUCUCAUAGCCUCAAACCAUGACGGAGUUGUUCCGGACAUUCUGACCCUGAGCAAGACCUUGGGCAAUGGUCUCCCGCUCGCGGCGACGAUAACCAGCAACCGGAUCUCAGCUGAGGCAGACAAGGCAGGCUUCCUAUUUUAUACCACCCACGUCAAUGAUCCCCUCCCCGCUGCUGUUGGCCUCAAAGUGCUCCAAAUUGUCCAGCGGGACAACCUCGUCGCAAGAGCAGCCAUGCUAGGAAAGGUUCUGCAUGCGGGCUUGAACCGUCUAAUGUCUCGAUACGGCUGCAUUGGUAUGGCAGACACUGGCUUGGGUAAACGUCUUUCGGAGCAUGCUUUUGAACUAGGUGUCUCUGCCAUGCUAUCCUCGCAGGGUAGCUUCUAUGGGUGUCUGAGAAUUGCACCACCAAUUGUGAUCACAGAGGAGCAGCUAGAGGAAGGGUUGAAUAUCCUCGAGGAGGCAUUUAGGACCACAGAUGGUUCAAACCCGCUGUACCAUAGCUAA